CUGAUAAGCUUUCCUGGAAUUUCUUUUUUUUUGUGAACACCCUGCAGUUUGGACCAUUUGCUUUCUCAAUGUUUAAAUCACGUUAAAAACUACCAGGCAUCUUAUGACGAUUUGUGCACAUACGUCAGCUAAUACAAUGGGAGGUUUGAGGUUUCCUGCUUUUCUCUUGGUGCUCUUAUACACUACUGUGGUCCAGAUAGAUGGAAAUGUGAUAGAAAUGGGUAUGUUUCCUGAAGUUGCUGAUUACUCAUUCCAGAAAUGUCGGAAAGAAAUGUUGCAAAUGGUCACAAAACCUGGAGGUCUCCUGGAGACAGAGCUUAACAACAGUGAAGAUUUUAAAACUAUGUGGCAAAGUAAUCCAACAUGCAAGACGGCCAUUCCAGAUAUUACACCGAAGCACAUGGCUGCACUGCAGAGCUAUGCAGAAGCUAGUCCUACAUUUCAUGGAAACUUCAAGGAUUUGCUUCAGAAAAGUAACGGCAGUGCAGCUUAUCAAGAUGAGUUUCCUUUCAAAUCUCUUUUUUUCCUACUGACAGAUGCGAUACAACUCUUAGGCAAAAACGAGUGUCAUACAGUAUACUCUGGCACAGUAAAAGAAUAUGGCACCAGUGUUGGGGAGAAAGUACAUUUUAAGAGUUUUUUUCCAGCAAAACUGCAGUAUACUGAAGCAACUGAAAUUACAUCUCUCAGUGAUGACAUUGGGACUGUUUUCAACAUCACUUCCUGUUUUGUGAUCAACCUUGAAGAUUAUGAAUGUGACUCAGAGAAAAUUGAGCUGCUAAUAUCACCCACUGAAGUUUUUACAGUUACGGACAUCAGGAUUAUUAACAAUAGCAAUGAUAAGUUUAAAAAGAUCACCUUAAAUCAUUUUAGCAGUGAGAGUUCUUCGAAAUGCACUGGUCUUGCCAGCUUCCAGCCUUCCAGUUUCCGGAGUUCCAGUUUACUGAGUCUGAUGGCUUCCUUGCUUAUGGUGUACUUAUACUCACUGAGUCCGUAAUAUACCCUGUGUAUUCUCAAAAACUUGAGUGGAAAAGUAAAAGUUACGUUCAUUUACUUAAUGAAAGUCACAACAACUUCUGUGUUCUUGACUUGUAAGGAUUCACAAUAAUAAAAUUUGUUUUAAUGCA